GUUCUUAAUACUAACAUGCAGCUUUUUGUUCGCAGCCCAAGGCGUCACGGACUGUGGGGCCCAGCGCUCCGGCCCGGCCUCUGUCGCUAUGGACCCAAACUGGCCUGCUGCCACGGCUGGAGGGGGGGCAGCAAGGGAGCCUGUGAAGCUACAUGUGAGCCUGGCUGUAAGUUCGGUGAGUGUGUGGGACCAAACAAAUGUAGAUGCUUCCCAGGAUACACCGGGAAAACCUGCAGUCAAGAUGUGAACGAGUGUGGAGAGAAACCCCGGCCGUGCCAACACAGAUGCGUGAACACACAUGGAAGCUACAAGUGCUUCUGCCUCAGUGGCCACAUGCUCAUGCCCAAUGCCACGUGUGCCAACUCUCGGACGUGUGCCAUGACCAACUGCCAGUACGGCUGUGAAGACACGGAGGGCGGGCCGAGGUGUCGGUGUCCGUCCUCGGGACUCCGCCUGGCCCCGAACGGAAGGCUCUGCAUCGAUAUCGAUGAGUGUGCCUCUGGCAAAGCUGUCUGCCCCUACGAUCGAAGAUGUGUGAACACAUUUGGGAGCUACUACUGCAAAUGUCACGUUGGCUUCGAACUGAAAUACGUCAGCGGCCGAUAUGACUGUGUAGAUAUAAAUGAAUGUGCUGCGAAUACCCACGUGUGCAGCCCCCACGCCAAUUGCCUCAAUACGCCAGGGUCCUUCAAGUGCACGUGCAAGCAGGGCUAUAAAGGCAGCGGGCUUCAGUGUUCCGUUAUCCCUGACAAGUCUGUGAAGGAAGUCCUCAGGGCACCUGGUACCAUCAAAGACAGAAUCAAGAAGUUGCUUGCUCACAAAAACAGCGUGAAAAAGAAGGUAAAAAUUAAAAAUAUCAUCACAGAACCUGCUGGGACUUCGUCCCCUAAGGGUAGCUUGAGGCCCUUCAACUCCGAAGAGGGUGUUUCCAGAGAUGGGAACCUGAGUGGAGGGCGAAAAGGGAACGAGGAGAGAAAGAAAGAAGGGCUGGCAGGAGAGAAAAGAGAUGAGACAGCCCCGAAGAACCACGUGGAGCAGGAGCAAAGCCUUCGAGGAGAUGUGUUUCAUCAUUUUUGAAGCAGAACGUGUAAGGGCAAAACCGGAAAAAUUGCCGUAGACAGUGUCAUGCUGGUGUCGGGUGUAUCCAGACGGCCUUUGAUCAGUGGAUGCUUGA